AUGAACGCAUCAUCCGCUGUUUCGAGCAAUCAGACAGUUCUGCCGGUCAGUCCACAAUGGGGCUACGAAAUGGUUCUAAACGCUAUUUGUAGCACAUUAGCCCUAUUCUUCAACACGGUGGUAGUUGUUGUAUUCUCAGUUCGUCCGGAACUGCGCACGACUUUUACGAUCUACCUAACCGCGUUACUGACCUCCGACGCUUUAAUGAGUAUUCACGGCUGCUUGACGAUUAUCAAGCAGCUCUACCCAGUGUAUAUGCGCAACGUCGUUUUGUGUGAUUUCCGCUUAUAUAUCGCAUGGGUAAUGAUCGGCGUGCCGUUGAACAUCCACGUCUUGAUCACCGUAAAUCGGAUUUGGGCAAUUGCCUUUCCGUUAUCGUACCGCAGCUAUCAUAGCUCCCGAUUGGCGCUGAUACUGGUUGUUGUGACCAUCGCGUACGUUCACGUAAUCGCCUUACCGGGAGUGAUUAUGAACGCACUGUACUUCCGACGACCUUUAUCCAGCAGCAGCUGUUCCCUUAAUCUAGGCAAGAUGACGACCUGGUAUCAGAUGGUGCAGAUUGUUAUCUACGAAUUUCCGGUGGUUUUCAUGAUCGUAGCUUGGAUGUAUCUGAUGUACCGUCAGCGGAAGCAACAGAAUACCAUCCAUGCCAUUACCCAUGCUGCGACGAUUGUGGACCAUUCUAUGGAAACCCGGAGCGGUAAAAAACCGCACCGAAGGAAAUAUACCAAAGGUUUCUUGGUGUUUUCUGUGCUAACGUUGAGUGCGUUUAUCUGCUGGACGCCGUAUGAGACUAUCUACACGCUGUGGGCGUUUUUUGAUAUCCAUGAAGCAGCGAAUCGGAGGAUUAUUGAUGUAUCGCUGGCGCUGUAUCUCGUACAGCCGGUUCUCGAUCCGAUAUUAAUUAUGAUUACGAUGGAUGAUCUGCGUGCAACUAUUAAACAAAUGCUGCGCUGUAAAUAA